CCCACUACCAACAACUCUUUUUAAAAAGCAACUCAAAGGGAAAAAAUAACCAACAUCAAAAAGUUUUGCAUAAUAGCAAGAAAUGGGAGACAUGGGAGAUCCACCCAAAAAAAAACGCCUUAUUUCACUGUGUGUCGGCUGUGGGAAUCAGAUUCAUGACCAGUAUAUUCUUCGAGUUUCUCCGGAUCUGGAAUGGCAUGCGGCUUGUCUGAAAUGUGCAGAGUGUAAUCAGUAUUUGGACGAAACGUGUACCUGCUUCGUUAGGGAUGGAAAAACGUACUGCAAGAGAGACUAUAUUCGAUUAUACGGAACUAAGUGUGCAAAGUGUAAUAUAGGAUUCAGUAAGAAUGACUUUGUGAUGAGAGCUCGCAGUAAGGUGUAUCACAUCGACUGUUUCCGCUGUGUGGCGUGCAGUCGUCAGCUCAUCCCCGGUGAUGAAUUCGCAUUGCGGGAAGACGGACUCUUCUGCCGGGCUGAUCACGAUGUUGUAGAGCGAGCCUCAGUCGGCCCAGAUCCCCUCAGUCCUAUGCACGGCAACAGACCCCUACAGAUGGCGGCAGAGCCCAUUUCUGCCCGACAACCCGCGUUGAGGCCGCACGUUCACAAACAACCCGAGAAGACGACUCGGGUGCGGACAGUUCUGAACGAGAAGCAGCUCCAUACGUUACGGACUUGUUAUGCAGCCAACCCCAGGCCCGAUGCGCUCAUGAAGGAGCAGCUGGUAGAAAUGACAGGCUUGAGCCCCCGUGUCAUUAGAGUCUGGUUUCAAAACAAGCGUUGCAAGGACAAGAAAAAGAGCAUCCUCAUGAAACAACUGCAACAGCAACAGCCCAACGACAAAACAAAUAUCCAGGGGAUGACCGGGACCCCAAUGGUGGCUGCCAGUCCUGAGAGACAUGACAGCAGUUUGCAAGCCAAUCCAGUGGAGGUGCAGAGUUACCAGCCACCUUGGAAAGUUUUGAGUGACUUCGCUUUGCAGAGUGAUAUAGAACAGCCUGCAUUUCAGCAACUGGUUAAUUUUUCAGAGGGAGGGCCAGGUUCUAACUCCACUGGAAGUGAAGUAGCGUCCAUGUCCUCCCAACUCCCUGACACACCAAACAGCAUGGUAGCAAGUCCUAUAGAGGCAUGAGGAUCCUGGACUCUCAGUGCAGCCCUACAGAGAGCCAUGAGGAACCCUGGACCCUCAAAACUCUCUGGCCCACACUUUUUUUUUAAAAAAAGUUCAUGCAACCUGGUCCAUGUCUGAUCAGAAAGCAGCCAUCAUCCGUUUGCACGAAGUCUCUGUGUUCAAACAACCAAUGUUGUACCCUGGCAACACUGUGACGACAAUCAGACACUAAAGCGGGAUCUGGCUACAAGUGCAAAUAGAAGAGACACUCCAGACAUCCGGGACUUCAUGCAAAAACAUUUUUGAAGCUAUAGAAAAGGAUGUAUGUUCAAAAUCCUGAAAGAUGUGAUUUGAAUGUCUUGCACACAUAAACAGAGAAGAUGAUCCAAUGGAGAGAUUAUAGUCCCAACAUUUUCAAUGGUGCUGCCUAGAAAGGACAUCAGUGGGUCAGCUUUGCCAAAACAAAAAUCCAGAAGAGUCCAAUACAUCUGCAAAAGGUGGACUGGAAAGACAAUCGUGACAUGCAGAAUGUACCACAGCCUAAGUAGUUCAGUGACUGUCCUAAAGGAUCAGUUCUGAAAGGUAUAGUUGCAUUUUUGCAAUGCUUUUAGUUGACCUAUAUUUAAGGACUAUUGGAUCCUAGAUCAUUAGCAUGUAGCUGGUUCGUGAGAUUACAGUCCCUGCAAUGAAAGUAUGAAGGCAACUACUGAUAUUUCAUUUUUUUUUAUUUUUUAUUAAAAAGCUCAAGCAUUGCAACAAGGUAUACCUCUUUUCGCCACAGCUUCGUGGGAUUUGUGUGUGAACUCGUGUCCGUCCAGAAUUGUCCCAAAGAUGUGUAUGCUUCUAGGUUAAAACAGUUACCAACAACAGUUUUAGCUCUGGAAAGAAACAUUUUGUUUGUUCUUGUACUGCAAAAUUAUAAAUAAUUUAUUAUUUAUUGUCAACAGACUUGCCACUUUUCAUGUCUUUUUGACAUUUUAUGUUUGCUGAAGUAAAACAUGUACUGUGGUCUUUGGAAAUCCUGUCUAAUUUUAUGUGUCCUGUCUUUUCUUGAAGAUUCUGUAAAAUAAAAAAAAUGCCAUAUGUAGAAAUAUAUCUUCAAGAUUAUUUCACUAAUAAAAUCUUUGAGAUAACAGAAACAUGACAUGAGCCUUUUGCAGAUUCAGCCAUUACAUUUUGUUAAAUUAGCUUAGGGUAUUGACUGCUUUGUUUGAAGCAAUUUUUUAAAAUGCUCUGAGUCAAAAACAGGAUCUUAGGACUUUUGUGCCUGACUGAUUUUAAGUAGAAGAAUUUUAAUCACUAUUCCUUUUAAAGACUCAUAGCAAAAAUAUUUACUUUUACUACACUUGUCUUACUAGAUAACAGCAGAAGGAAUGUCUACUAUAGCCUUUAAAUGA